AUGGAGGAGGAGGGCGGCCCGGGCGCGGCCCCCUCGGCGCUGGACAAGAACGUGGCCGAGCUGACCGCCAUGGACGUGUACGACAUCGCGGCGCUGGUGGGCCACGAGUUCGAGCGGGUCAUCGACCAGCACGGCUGCGAGGCCAUCGCGCGCCUCAUGCCCAAGGUCGUGCGCGUCCUGGAGAUCCUGGAGGUGCUGGUCAGCCGCCACCACGUCGCGCCCGAGCUGGACGAGCUGCGCCUGGAGCUGGACCGCCUGCGCCUGGAGCGGCUGGACCGCAUCGAGAAGGAGCGCGAGCACCGGAAGGAGCUGGAGCUGGUGGAGGACGUGUGGCGGGGGGAGGCGCAGGACCUGCUGUCCCAGAUCGCACAGCUGCAGCAGGAGAACAAGCAGCUGCUCACCAACCUCUCCCACAAGGACGCCGGCUUCUCCGAGGAGGAGUUCCAGAAGCAGGAAGGCAUGUCGGAGCGGGAGCGGCAGGUGAUGAAGAAGCUGAAGGAGGUGGUGGACAAGCAGCGCGACGAGAUCCGCGCCAAGGACCGGGAGCUGGGCCUGAAGAGCGAGGACGUGGAGGCCCUGCAGCAGCAGCAGACGCGGCUGAUGAAGAUCAACCACGACCUGCGGCACCGGGUGACGGUGGUGGAGGCGCAGGGCAAGGCGCUCAUCGAGCAGAAGGUGGAGCUGGAGGCCGACCUGCAGACCAGGGAGCAGGAGCUGGGCAGCCUGCGGGCGGAGCUGGGGCGGCUGCGGGAGCGGCUGCGCAGCGGCCCCAGCCAGAACGGCGGGGAGGAGCCCGAGGCGGAGCCCGCGGAGGAGAGCAUCUCGGAGGCCGAGCGGGCGGCCAUGGACCCCCAGGACCCCAACCGCCCGCGCUUCACGCUGCAGGAGCUGCGGGACGUGCUGCACGAGAGGAACGAGCUCAAGUCCAAGGUGUUCCUGCUGCAGGAGGAGCUGGCGUACUACAAGAGUGAAGAGAUGGAGGAGGAGAACCGGAUACUGCAGCCCCCGCCCGUCAUCCACCCGCGAACGUCCCCCCAGCCCGAGUCCGGCAUCAAGCGACUGUUUAGCUUUUUCUCCCGGGACAAGAGGCGCCUGGCCACCAUGCAGCGCAGCCCGCACAGCCAGGAGUCCUUCGGCCAGUGGGCCAGCGCCCAGCGGGACGACGGCUACACGGAGCAAGGACAGGAGGCCCUGCAGCACCUGUGA